AAAUUAGGGCUCGCAGAGGGCGUGCGGGCAAUCGGCUUAAAGUGCUUGGCCGCAGCGAUGCAUCGUGCGGACACCAUGCUCAACGCAGAUUUACAAUGUCUUUGAUUUCCCAGCGCCUACCAUGAUCCCACAUCUUCAGACUUUAGCAAGCUUGUGUUUCGCUAAGAUCGUAGCUAAGACUCCAGCAAGAUGACAGAUCCACCCGAGGCCUUUUUGUGGGAGAUGGUCAAGCAAGCACAAUUGUUGGCGUGCUUGAAAUGGCUGAGCGAGUUUGAAAUCUUAGCAAUCGUUCCAGCGCAUGGCCAGGUGUCUUAUCAAGAUGCAGCAGAUCUCGCAGACGUCCCGUUUCAACAACUCUCUCGCAUUGUGCGUUUCACAGCCGCGUCGGGCUUCCUGCGAGAAAUCGAGCCUGGUGCAUUCGCGCAUAGCAAGCUGUCUACACAAUUCGCCGAUAAAUCAUCUCUGCUCGACGGAAUAUCAUUCAUCUGCGACACAGUGUUUCCAACGGCGUUGCGGAUGGCGGAUGCGACUCGACACAACGCAGAGCAGAAGCAGCCACAGCUUUCCUCUUUCCAACUCGAUUCACAGCAUUCAAGGUCUUUGAGUGCAGCGUGCGAGGAGGGAUCGAGACUUCGGCGCGAGUUGGAAGCAUUUCAAAACAUCCAGGAUGAUCUGGUAGAUGGUGGCACUGCUGCAGUACUUCUAUCACUGGACUGGGCAAAGCUGAGAGGCGCUACUGUUGUCGAAGUCGGAGCCAAGUCCAUCACCACAGCAUAUGCGCUGGCUGAAAAGGCGAGUGAGCUGCAGGUGGUCAUCCAGCUGCAAGAGACGGCAGCAAGACAGCAUCCAACAUCGAAUGGAAUGACUGCUACGCCGCAGACGGUAAAUGCCCGAGUCCAAGUGCGAGAACGGUCACGAGGGGCUCCUCAACCCGUUCAAGACGCCGCGGUGUACGUGCUCCAUCUUCCUGGCACAUCAUUGACGGCGUCUUCCAGCUCGCUGAGGGAGCAAAUUCUGAGAGAGCUGCGAGCACACUUCAACGUGCUGCGAGUCAACAGGUCCGCCACCCUGAUAUUGGUUGCACGCCUGCUGCCAGGCGCAGGACAGCACUUCGAGCAGGACCCGGCGGCCGCAGCUCUCGUCCAAGAUCUGCUGUUGAUGCAGAUGACGAAUGAGCGAGAAUGGGACCUGGAGAUGCUGACAGAGCUGCUGGAUGAGGUUUCAGACGCGUCUGGGCGGAUGGUCAUCACGCAUAACCACUCGUCCAGAGAGAAACACUCUGCCGCCGUGGUGGAGGUGCAGCUGCGGCCGCGGUCUGCCAAUGAGGCGCGCGUAUUGUAGACAUCCUCAGCGCUAGAGCCCAGGGGUAUGGAGACGGGGUGGGGAUGGCGGAGCGAUGUCGUUUGUGGGUGGUGGAGGUACGUGAGGUGGUGGUGAACAGGUCUUGAAGUGAAGUCACAUUUGCGUAGACUGGGCGCUAGGCAAACGGCCCGCCGACAGUUACCCGCUCCCGAGGACAUCAUUCUUAUUAAAUAGCUCGCCC